ACUUGGCAGGACUUCGAGGAGGCUCUCACAGAACCUCAUAGCGUUGUAAAUGGGUAUAUAUAGCUGUGCAAGAUGGCAUCGAAAUUCCAAUUUGAGUCUCUCCAUCCACAACCUGUUCUCUUCAACCACAAUCCACUACAACCAAUCCUCGGUGCCGGUCACCUUUUCAAUUCUCUCUUCUUGACGCGGUAUUAGUUCGACAUCUCUUUUGCAUCUUAAUCACUUUCAACUUCUGCUAUCUCAUAUCUUCUAUUCACACCGCAAAAAUGCAGUUCACCAAAGUCAGCAUCUUCAUGAGCCUCUUGGCCGUCAGCGCUGUUGCUUCUCCCUUAGCACCGCGACAAGCAAGUGUGGAUGGUCAGGCCUGUACCGACGGGACAUUCGAUGGUACAUGCAGAGCUGACGGCCGCUGUGGUUUGGAAAUCCCUCCUAACGAGGUUUCCUUCCGAAACAUCGGCGGACAGUGCGGCCUAGCGGAAAACAAUAGCAACCCUUUGGCUGGAUUGUUCGGUGGUAAUAACAAUGCCAAUGCUGGCAACGCUAACACCGGCAAUGCCGCUACCGAUGACACCACUGACGACGCUGCUACAGGCGCGUCGGUCGAUGGCCAGGCUUGUACCGACGGGACAUUCGAUGGCACCUGCAGAGCCGAUGGCCGCUGCGGCCUCGAGAUCCCUCCUAAUGAAGUUUCCUUCCGACAAAUCGGCGGCCAGUGUGGUCUGUAAGCGAUGGAUCAGAAUUGGAUGGAAAACAAGAAGAGCACAUGAUGAGGAAAGGGGUUGAGAAUACUGUGUCAUUUAGAGUUGCCUGGUGCUAUUAAUU